AUGGACCUGCAGAAGGAGGUGGAGGCGCUGGACCGCGUGCUGUUCCGCCUGGCGAGCGUGGACGACGAGCGCAUGCUGCAGGUGCUGCAGUCGCUGCUUCCCCAGCUGCUGCCGCUCUUCCCUCGCUCGCUCGCGACGCCGCUGGAGCUGCAGCUCAAGGACAAGAUUCUGCAGGUGGUUUCCCACAUCAAGACGCGGCUGCAGGCGCUGACGCGCCCCGCGCUGCCGCUGGACGCGCUGAGUCAAGUGCUGCAGCAGCCGGAGGUCUCCGUCUUCUCGUACAACCUCGCCCUGCUCUUCAUCGAGCUGGGUUUCGACGCCGCGUCGGCGGAGCAGCGGGCGACGGUCUUGGCUGCAAUCGCCAGGAAGCUCUCCAGCUUUUCCGGCGCGCAGCAGGAGGCGUUCUUCAGGCUGCUGGUGCGCGCGUUGCCUGUCAGCGCUGCCGCUGUUUUUCCGAGCACUGUAGUUGAGGGGGAUCAACAGGGACAAGCGAGUGCGGAGGCGCGAGAUGGAGAUAUUGCGGAAGAGUACGAGAGUGACGCCAAUGUGGACGUGGUGCUGGACUUUUUGCUGGAUCUGGUCCUCUAUGAGCUCCCUUCGUCUGCAAGUGCGGACGCGACGGUUUACGGUCUGAUGACGUCGCGGGUGGAGCGGCUGCAGCGCGCCAAGGUGUCGGAGUUGAGGCGUGAAGCUCUGUAUGAACGGCAGCUGCAUGCCCUGAAGCUGGUGAAGGAAAUGGGGAUCCCCACAAAGCACAAAAUCCCGAUCUACCUCGCUGGUAGUGCGUCCUUCCACCACGCUGUGAAAGCUUUCAGUGAUGAGCAGCUGUCUCGUGUGCUCAAGUACGAAGAAAAGGAAGUGGAAGACGCUGAUGUGAUGCGUCGGCUGAUGACGUUGGUGCUGGGCAGUCAAGUGGCGCAAAGUUCGGGGGCGUUUGAGGGAGCUGAUGCGAUUUUGUUGGCGAACCGCACACGGCUGGCCGAUCCAAGUAUCCUGCAGGCGCUGGCACUACUCUCAGCAUCCGAGGCAGCAACAAAUGUGCUUCCGAUGAUGUUGCAACUGUUGUGCCAGCUGAUGUUUGGUACUGAGCCAUCUCGACCGCCGAAUGUGGACAAUAAGAUUAAGUUGGCGACUGUGCGGUUGUGCCAGUGGACAUUUCACCAUUGCCAACUAGCGUUGCUGGAGGGUUUGCUUGGACCUGUAUUGUUUCCAACUCUGCUACGUCUGCUGAUGAAUCCGCACUCGGAGAGCGAGGCGUCGAGCGCGGAGUUUGUGCGAGAAUUUAGGCAAGGAGUUUACGAAUCCCUGUCGGUACUUGGAACCCGAGCGCCGCGGCUAGUAUCAGCAUCUGAGCAGGUCUUCCAGGUGCUGCUCGUGCGUUGCCUUGCAGAGGAAGAGCACCGUACUGGUGCUGGUGCUAAUGCAUUAAAGGCAUUUACAGCGUUGGCAAGCGCGUACGCGGCAGCAGCAACGUCGGAGGUUCGGGCCAAAGUACAAGACGAGCUUGUUGCACUGCUGAACGGCUCAAAGCUUUACGAACCCACCAAGAACUACGCGCGUGUACGAACUGCAAUUGCUGCCUGGUGUGGGGAAUUAUUGACGUCCACAGCUGCAAUAAACGAUGACAUCACUGUACGCUUUGCUGUGCUGCGCCUAGGGGCUUCCCCGGACGAGGACACCAGGCGUUUAUCGAACAAAGCUUUGUUUGCACAGCCGCUGCCGUCGACGAGUGCGCUGGCAAAAAGUCUGAGAGCAAACUUCCCCCAGAAAGAUCUAAAGAAAAGUAUGCACGAUGUCGGUGCAGCCGAAAGCUGCGUGCGCUUUUGUGUCGAGAUCAUGAAAGCUUCUCGAGAUAAACUCAGUUUGGAGAGCGUAAAUGAUCGGAGGAGUAUCGUGGAGUACAUACUACGCACGCUCCUGACCCCAAUCGAGGACAAGGAUUCUGUAUCUGCAGCUGCUACGUCAGUGUUCGAGGCGGCAGCGAGCGCAGUUGUAGAAGUUUGCGCGUUUGAUCCGGAAAGUGUUAGGGCUGUUCUGGUUGAUCACGUGAUGGAGCUUUACGAUGUUGCGGCAGUCAGCCAAGACCGCACAUUCCUCUCGAACAUUGCGACGAUCGUGACGUGCACAUGUAGCGCUGGGACACUAUCUGUCAGCCAAGUGAUAUCUGAAUUUGUCACGGUUGGAAUGAACAAGCUUCAACCGGAUAGCUCUUCGGAGAAGGAACAAUCAGGCAUACUCUACAUUCUUGGAAGCGCGUUGGGCUACAUUGGCUGUGAUGCAGCCAUGGUGGAAGCUGCUUCUCCAGAGGAAAUGCAGCUGCUGUUGUCGUGCUUUGGAAGAAUGACCGAGCUCCUCGAGAGCAAGGUGAAGGAGAGUUCGAAUUUUGCAUCAUACCCGAGAAGUGAAUUUGCUCAGAAUGAGCACGUGACGUUGCUUCGGAGUGUAAUGGAUGGAGUUGGUUUCGCAGGAACCCUGACGAGGUGUAUGCAGAGCUCUGCGACUACUGUUGCUAGCGAAUGGAAUCGACUCAAGGCCAGGAUGCUUGGCGAAUUGAGGCAUGUGAUUGAGUGGAAGCUGAAGACCGUCCAUUUUGACGAGCAACUGUUGCCCAAGCUGGCAGCCUUAAAGCGUGUCGCAAUCGAAAAUCUCGGCCGCGCGGUGUCUGGUUUACCCGGUACUGGCCUACCUGCAGAGGUGUCUGCUGGUCUUGAAAAGGCCCUGGAAGCUCUUCUUAAUCUCGGAGAUCAAAUUGAUGCUGAGUUGCAGUUCGGCGUAGGCGAAGUCCUGGUUGCACUGGGAGCUCACGAUGCUGAAGAACUAUUCUCACUUGACCGCGACACUAAGUACAAUGGAUUCACUGAGAAUCGGGCAGCCGCCAUUUUCGAGCGUGUGUUGAGCGCUUAUGCAGGCUCCCGACAACCUAAAUAUCGUCGGAAUUCGACGAUAUGGCUCUUGUGCAUGUGCGCUGCUGGACUAGCACCGCCACCCGCGGAAAGUGGCGAAGCGUCGUCAUUGAAGUCUUGGAAGAGCGUUCUGGUAUCUCCUGCCUAUUCUCAAUUGGUACUGGAGGUGCAUGAAUUUUUCGUUACGAUGCUGAACGAUACGAAUGAAAUAUCAAAGGAAAGCGCAGUCAAAGGACUUGCUUAUCUACGACUACAUGCGCCAAAUGGCGAGAUGGGUCUUCAGUUUAGCGAAAGCUUAUUCCGUCGCCUGCGGUGCUUCCGAGCCUUCGCGUCUUCUGCUGACGCCGCCACCGAUGAUGACGAAAAUGCUGCUAGCACCAACAAUGCUACUGCGGGCGGACCAGCUACACCCACUACUGCUUCAUCAUCAUCAUCGUCGUCGUCGUCGUCCAGUUCUACUGUUGAGAAUGCAGCAUACCGUGAGGUCAGUAAUGUUGCAGCUGACGUUGGCGACCCAGAGCUGAUGUAUGCACUGCUGUACCUGAGCACUGCCGAUGCGAUUUGGGAAUCGUUUGCAGUGUCGUCUUCAACAAUUGCCAUUCGCCGACCCGCCAUGUUCUCCUUUGUCAAGGUGGAUAAGUUGUUCCACGCUUCCAUUGUCAACAAAGCUGGUAGUGAGUGGAUGGCCGAGGACUACUCCAGCAAAGCCAAGUUGGUGCCUUGGCUGUUCCUGCUCAAGUUUCAUUCAAACGCUAAGGUGGCGGCAGUCAUGGGCAAUCUGUGGGAGUUCGCGAAAGGAAACACUACGGAUGCCGCUAAAGCAAAGGGGGAGAAGGCUUCUCUCCGACAAAAUGGGUCGCUUCUGUUCCAGUUUGCUUUGGCUCGGCUCGAAAACGCAAGAAAUUUCAAGUACCGCGAAGCCGCGUGCCUCGCUAUUGUUGACCUGCUGAACUGUGCUGAAGCAGAUGACUUACGUGAUGACUUUUUACGAUUGUGGAAGACGGCGUCUCGCGCAGUGGAUGACGUCAUGGAGGCGGUUGCGCUGUCUGGAGUGAAGCUUUACCGCUAUCUAGGCGAGUUAAGCUUGCGUGUGGCGGUAAACGAUGCCGUAUGCCGCUCUCAAUUGUUGGAGUUCUUGAUCCAGGAUGGGAUUGUGAACAAAAACACUAUCUGUCGUGCGCUCAGCAUCGAUGUGUUGCUGCGUCUUGUCAAGACGUUGAAGGCUGAUGAUAUGCAGGACCGCUUGGCACCUCUGAUACUCAAGCUGCUAGAAUAUCUGUCUUCGCUGGAAAUGCCGGAGCUGCAGUACGCGCAGUUCCAUGUGGAGAAGAAAGAUCAGUUGGAGCGCCUGCGGGUUUCAAUCAGUCAGUCAGGACCCGUUGGCCAGCUUCUAGAGUUGGCAACAGCUCGACUGAAGGACCUUGCCGGCUCAGCAGGCUGCGUGACCGUUGUCACGGAGCUUGUUCGUGGUGUAGCCAACCUGCUCAAAUUUGGUGUAGGGCUCAAUACUCGAGUUGGCACCGCCAAUUUCGUGGUAACUCUUGCAGGUGAGCUGCCAUUUGAACUUCGCAAAUGCAGCGGCGCAGAGCUGUUGCUGCGUCGUGUGUUCAUCCCGUAUGUCGGUGCGAAGACUGCUGCAGAAAAUGAUCAGUAUGGAGAUGAAGAAAGUCGAUACGGCGGAGCGAGUGGAGGUGACUCUACUGAAGGUGCUGACUCAACUUUGACCGCAUCGUCAGGUUUGACGGAUGGACUGGUCAUUCAAAGUUACUGUCGAGCUGCUGCGUACUUGUGCCCACUGGUGGACGCAGCUACCGUUCGAGAUUACGUUCGAUCUGGCAUCUUUGCGUUCAACACCUGCAGCAAGCCAGACACCAGCAAAACUCCGAGUCCUUCAUCUUCUCCCCACAGCCAUGGUGACGACGAAGCCAUGACCGAAGAAGGAGAGGAUACCCGGCCAAAAGCACUUCAAGUUUACACAAGCCGGUUUCUUUUAAUCAGCGCGCUGGCAGCAAUGGAGCUCGUGAAGAAAGUCCCACCGAUCGCAGAUGCGGACACAGUGGUGACCAAUGAUCUGCGCAAUACCUGGUACAGCACCAACGUAUUUCCCGCUGCGUUUAUCGGUCAGUUUGCGAUGACGAACGGGCUCAAGAGCACGUGGACAGCUGUGCUGGACGAAUUACCACCGACAGUACUGUAUUCACCUAACUCACUGGAUGCUGCGCUGCGUGCUAUUGCGCUGUUGUUGGCGCAUCCUGCUUGGGAUACACGCCGGCAAGCGGCACGCGCAUUGCAAGCCAUCUUCGCGAGUGCCACGUAUCGCUCAAGGCUGUCACCUGAACAAAUUGAGCGUAUUUGGCAGGAACUGAUUGGCGCCGUUCCUGGUCGCCUUUGGAGAGGCAAGGGUGUGAUUUUGGAGCCAAUUGUCGCUUUGGCGGCCGUCAAACUGGAAAGUGAGACCUCUAACGGGGAGUGGGUGCAAAAGCUAUUGCAGCUGCUUGUCGACGAGUGUGCUCGUGCGUGGAAGAACAACGAUUUGGCAUACCUCGAGAGUGCCAUCAUUAAUCUGGGCAAGUUUUCGGCCUUGAUACCGGCCGAGCAGAAUGAGCUGCGUGCUGCCAGUGUGCUGUCAUUGCGGAGUGCGUUUGCUGAGUGGAUGGCCUACAGCGAAAGAGAUAGAUCGGACUCUGCCAAGUUGUUGCCCCCGCUGCUGAUCAAGUGCGUGUUCGAGGCUCUUGCGCUAAUGUGGCCUCCCGUGACUACUGAUCAAGCAGCGAGCAACAGUAGGUACGCUGAGACGGCUUCAGAGGCAAUAGUUUGGCUUUGUGCCGGUGUGGAAUCACCUCACCUAGCUGCUUGGAGUGUCCGCAAGGCUAUUUUCCAGACAUUGUCUGCAGUUGCGGAUCGAGCUCCAGUCGAGACGCUUGCUGGAGGCAAGAGCGGUGCUGUGGAGCGCAUGGUUGAGACUUGUUGUGGGCCAUUCGGUGUGGCCGACGGAAAGUACUCGAUGGUCCGUGUCGCUGCGGCUGGGGCUUUAACUGCACUGCUUAAGCGAGGAGUCGAUGACGCGAAUGUGGCGUUGAGGUUGGUCGUGCAGCGCGAACGUGUGGCGGCUGCUGUGCAGACACUUUUGGCAAGCGAGGAAGCGUCCGAGCAGCAGGCAGCCUUCAACCUCAAGUCGCAAUUGAACUAGAGCGGUUGUUACAUCUAGGUCUGAAGCGGUCUGUCUGCUACUAACAUUUUGUGAAUCGGUUGCCACG